UUAUAUCAGUUUGUGUAGGAAUCGUUAAAUAUGUCUAGUUACCGUCAAACAUUGUUCAUUCUUAUUAUUCUUAUUGUAAUUAUUCUCUUCGUCAAUGAGGGUCAAGGAGCGCCUCACCAUGACAAACGGCACACUGCAUGCGUCCUAAAGAUUUUCAAGGCGCUAAACGUUAUGUGUAAUCAUGAAGGUGAUGCAGAUGUUCUGAGGAGAACAGCAUCCGACUGCUGUCGGGAGAGCUGCUCGCUAACAGAAAUGUUAGCGAGCUGCACCCUCACCAGCUCAGAAGAGUCAACUCGGGACAUUUAAAGUUCGUGUAAUAUAAUAUGAUCUCAUUUCUUGUUAAUAUAAUAUUCUGUACAUAAUGACUGUAAAAUAUAAACAAUUGAAUAUA